CUUCGGUCAUAAACUGAACCUGAACUCCCUGUGAGCAAACUGCUGUGUCACUCGCCCGCCAGCUGCUGGACCUUCAGGAGCUUCUGCACCAGGUCCGUCUGGAACCUUCUCAUCUUCAACAUUUCAGUGAGUCGUCUUCAGGUGGACGGAGGUGGACGAUGUCCCGCAUCCAGAUGGAGACCAGGUCCAACGGAGCCUCCACACAUGGUGCCACCGUCAGCUUCCACGACAUCUACUACAAGGUGUCUCAGGGAGGACGAUGCUUCAGCCGGAAGAAAGAGAGCAAAGACAUCCUGAUCGACCUGAAUGGGAUCAUGAAGCCCGGACUGAACGCCAUCAUGGGAGCGACAGGAAGCGGCAAGUCAUCCUUCCUGGACGUGUUGGCGGCGAGGAAGGAUCCCUGCGGCCUGUCGGGGGAGGUCCUGAUCGACGGAGCUCCUCAGCCUCCAAACUUCAAGUGUCUGUCAGGAUACGUGGUGCAGGACGACGUGGUGAUGGGAACUCUGACGGUCAGAGAGAACUUCACCUUCUCUGCUGCGCUGAGACUCCCCUCCUCCAUCAGCGCCCAGGACAAGGAGCAGAAAGUCAACAGAGUGAUCCAAGAGCUGGGGCUGAGCCGGGUGGCCGACUCCAGGGUGGGCACUCAGCUGAUUCGUGGGAUCUCCGGCGGUGAGAGGAAGAGGACGAACAUCGGCAUGGAGCUGAUCAUCGACCCCCCCGUCCUCUUCCUGGACGAACCCACCACCGGCCUGGACGCCAGCACCGCCAACUCUGUACUACUGCUGCUCAAGAGGAUGGCGAGCCACGGUCGCACCAUCAUCUUGUCCAUCCACCAGCCUCGUUACUCCAUCUACCGUCUGUUCGACAGCCUCACGCUGCUGGUCACCGGCAAGCAGGUUUACCACGGCCCUGCGCAGAACGUGCUGGAGUAUUUCUCAGAUAUCGGGUACACCUGUGAGCCGCACAACAACCCCGCAGACUUCUUCCUCGACGUCAUCAACGGAGACGCCACCGCGGCCAUCGGCCACAACCUGGAUGAAGAUUCAGACUCGGUGUCGAAGUCCAGACAAAGUAUCGAGGACAAACUGGUGGAGGAGUACAGGAGCUGCCAGUACUCCCAGCAGACCAGAGCCGAACUGGGAAGGAUCGUCCAGGGGAAGCAGACGGUGAAGAUGUCUCGCUCCAGAACCAUCACGUACAGCACCGGCUUCCUGACCCAGUUCCGAUGGGUUCUGAAGAGAACCUUCCAGAACCUGCUGCUCAACCCUCAGACCUCCGUGGCUCAGAUCGCUGUCACCUUGUUCCUCGCUCUGAUCGUAGGAGCCAUCUUCUACAACGUCCAGGAGGACCAGAGUGGAAUGCAGAACAGGGUCGGAGCUUUGUUCUUCGUCGUCAUCAACCAGUGUUUCAGUUCCCUGUCGGCCGCCGAGCUCUUCAUCUCCGAGAGGAAACUCUUCAUUCAUGAGUACACCAGUGGUUACUACCGUCUGUCCGUCUACUUCCUGUCCAAGCUGCUGUCGGACAUCCUCACCCUGAGGACCAUUCCUGCCAUCGUCUUCAGCUGCGUGGCCUACUUCCUGAUCGGUCUGAAGCCCACCCCCGAGGCCUUCUUCCUCUUCAUGUUCACCGUCAUGCUCGUGGCCUACACCGCCACCUCCAUGGCUCUGGCCAUCUCCGCCGACCAGACGGUGGUGGCCAUCGCCAACAUCUUCAUGACCAUCACCUUCGUCUUCAUGAUGAUCUUUGCCGGCCUCCUGGUGAACAUUCCCUCCAUCGCCGGUUGGCUCGCCUGGUUGAGGUACUUCAGUAUUCCCAGAUAUGGUCUGAGUGCUCUGCAGGCGAACGAAUUCACCGGACUGAACUUCUGUCAGGGACUCAACACAACCCUCAUCCCACCUGGACUCGCGUGCACGGGGGAGGAGUUCCUGGCCCGGCAGGGUGUGGAUUAUUCCACGUGGGGUUUGUGGCAGAACCAUUUGGCUCUGGGCGUCAUGACCGUCCUCUUCCUCACCAUCACUUACCUCAAACUACACUUCAUCAAGAAGUUCUCCUAGACCUUCAUCAUCGCUGCCACCAGGGGGCGAUGUAAUCACUGCCUUAUUAUCACGUCUCUGUUUUGAUUCAGUCCAGAAAACAUGAACUGUUCAGUUGUUUGUAAAAUGAUUGUUUCUUGUAUAUAGAUAAUAAUAAUAAUGAAAUGUAUUUACACAGCACCUUUCAUUCUUUAUUGUUAUUCACUCCGUAUUAACAUGUAGCACUUUUGAAUGAUUGAUCGAUUUUAAGUCAUUAUUGAGACUAAGACAAUUUCACUUUAUAAUAAAAUAUUUGAAUCUAUGUUGAACCUGUAUUUUAUAAUGUUAUACUAAGAAUACUACUAUUAAAACUACACUUUAAACACACACAGACACCACAGGCUAGGAUAAGUUUAGGUAAAGGCUCAAGUAAAUCUCCAGGAAUGUAAUUCAGUGACGUGUGUGUGUGUGUGUGUGUGUGUGUGUGUGUGUGUGUGUGUGUGUCUGUGUUUGUGUUUGUGUGUGUGUGUGUGUAUGUGUCUGUGUCAGGGUAAUUCUUUGUGUGGGAAGUGAGCGGUUAAACCCCUGAACGCGCCCUUGAGCAACACAGAGCAGCAGGUUGAACUCCUCCAGUCCAAACUGAACCAAACAGCGACGACAGAAAGAAACAGAGAAAUGAAAACAGAAGAGAAACCUUCAGUUUUGAGUUUGUUGUGAAAAACAGUUUAAAUAAAGUUGAGAGGAAAAUGAAAAGUAGAGAAACGAGUUGUGACAGAGUGAAGAGGAUCAACAGACGUGUGUUGAAACUGAACCACAAACACGUGAUCUGAAUAAACUUCAGUCUAGACGUUUUGAUUCCUCCUCUUCAGUGCUUCAUCGCCUUCCUCCUCUGGUCUGCUCCUCUUCCUCCUCACUCUUGUUCCUGUCUUCUUCAUCUGAGGUCAUGUCCUGCAGGUCGUCCACCUCUCUGCUCCUCUUCCUCCUCUCGGUUCAGAGCGUGGACUCCACUCACGCUCGCCUCCUUCCUGUUCUCCCCAGUUUCCUGAUUCCAGAGGUUGAUGGUUUUGCCGUGGACGACGCCUGCAUGAUCCUCCCCCCCCCCUCGCCACAACCCCACACCCCCCCCACCACGACAGCUACCACACCUCCACCCGUCAGCAGGAAGAUUCUACAGCAGAAAGUUGCUGAAGCUCAGAAGCCUGUUGUCCGCUUGCCUCCAAAGAAACCUCCACCAAUCAGGCGACCGCCAGUUCCAGGAGGACCAAUCAGGAGCAGCCACCCCAACCCUGCAGCCCGCCUCCUGUACCACCUCCUGACCAAUAGCAGGGGACACGCUUCCCUCCCAGGGCUCCAGCGUUCUGUGUCUCAGCCGAUGAAGAGGAGGGUGGAGGAGCGAAGGAGCGACAGCUCUUCUUCUUCAGACUCCAGCGACGAGUCGUGAAAUGUUUUUGUUUCUAAAUAAAAUUAAGAUUCAUGGAAAAGUUUUUACAGUUUAGUUUUAGUUCUUUCUGAGCUGAUAUUAAUUAUUGGGAAAAUCAACCAGUCUUCAUUUAACAAAACUAUUUACACAUUUAUUAGCUGUUUUUAAAAAUGUUUAAUCAACAAAAAAAUCAAUGAACUGCCAUUAAAAAUCUACAGAAUGUU